AUGCAGCUUCCACUCCUACGAUUUCUCCCUCUUCCCUCCUCCUCCACCUCCCUCUCCGCCUUCGACUACCUGCAAACCGUCGGGGAGCACGCUCAACACAGCAUGGCCCGCUUCAGCUGGAUGCAAGCAUUGCUUGCACUCUCAUCUCUGGUACAGGGCCAGCAGAGCACAACAUCGGACCUCGCAGACGGACUCACGGCUACCGCAUACGGCACCGGCACUUUCACCAACUCCAUUGCUACUGCUACGGUCUCGGGGGCUACAAGCAUAUAUUCUAUUCCUUUCACCGUCCCAGCCUCUGCUGAUGUUGGCCCCAACAUCUUGCCAAACAUCAAGGAUCCAAACGCCAAGCAGGCGCAGGCACUAUGUCCUGGAUACCGUGCUAGCAACGUCAACCAUACCGAGUAUGGCUUCACUGCUGAGCUGAACCUUGCCGGACAACCUGUAGGUUGACCCCUGGAAGGACGUGGAAUGAACUAGCUGACAGAGAAAGUGCAACGUCUAUGGCACCGACAUCGAGACCCUCAACUUUGAGCUAGACGUGCAGUCAGCGCAUAGAAUUCGUGUAUUGAUACAGCCCGCCUACCUCGACAACAGCAACCGCAGCCAGUACAUCUUGAGCGACGAGCUCGUUCCUGUGCCCAAGCAAGGCAUACCCGACCCCGAGACACAGAACAUCGACCUCCAGUUUAGCUGGACAAACGAGCCCUCUUUCGCAUUCAAGGUCAUUCGCAAAUCUACAGGCGAUGUUCUCUUCGAUACCACCGGCAGUGUUCUUGUCUAUGAGAACCAAUUCAUCGAGUUCGUUUCUCAAUUGCCAAGAAACUACAACCUCUACGGCAUGGGCGAACGUAUCCACGGUCUGCGUCUUGGCAACAACUUUACGGCUACCUUCUAUGCGGCUGAUGCUGCCGACCCGAUCGAUGAGAACAUCUACGGUGUCCACCCGUUCUACAUGGAUACAAGAUACUACGAGGUGGACGAAGAUACUGGAAAGCACACUCUAGUGACAACCGAGAACACCACUACAAAUGGAGACUAUGUCGGUAUGAGCCAUGGUGUUUUCCUGCGAAAUUCACACGGUAUGGAAGCUUUGAUGCUUCCUACGAACCUUACCUGGAGAUCGCUUGGUGGGUCCAUUGAUCUGUUCGUCUUUGACGGACCAAAUCCAGAGGCCGUUACCAAGCAGUAUCAGACUGGAGCUAUCGGUCUACCCGCGAUGCAACAGUACUGGACAUUUGGAUUCCAUCAGUGCCGCUGGGGAUACAAGAAUUGGACCGAGCUGGAGGGUGUUGUCAACACUUAUCGUGACUUCAACAUCCCGUUGGAGACGAUCUGGACGGACAUCGAUUACAUGUUCCAGUACCGCGACUUUACGAAUGAUCAGAACACCUUCCCGUACCCGGCUGGACAGGAAUUCUUGAGUCGUCUGCACGGCAAUGGUCAGCACUAUGUCCCGAUCGUUGACUCUGCGAUCUACAUUCCAAACCCGAACAAUGCCUCCGACAACUACUCUGUUUACACUGAUGGCAACGACCGCGGAGUAUUCCUCAAUAACCCCGAUGGCAGCCAGUACAUUGGCUCUGUCUGGCCUGGCUAUACCGUCUUCCCGGACUGGCAUGCCGAGGAAUCCGUCCCAUGGUGGACAGACAGUCUGCUGGAGCACUACAAGAACGUACCCUGGGAUGGCAUUUGGAUCGACAUGUCUGAAGUCUCUUCUUUCUGCGUCGGUAGCUGUGGAUCUGGAAACCUCAGUCUCAACCCAGUCCACCCACCAUUUGGUCUCCCAGGUGAGCCAGGAAACUUAGUCUUGACGUAUCCGGAAGGCUUUAAUCUGACCAACGCGACCGAGGCUGCUGCCGCUUCAUCCAUGUCCGCAUCCCAGGCCUCGUCUGUAGCCGCUGCGACUCCAACAGCAUCCAGUCCCUCUUACUUCAUGGCGCCUACAAUCACGCCCGGAGUCCGUGACGUCAACCAGCCACCGUAUGCGAUCAACAACGUCCAAGGCGAUCUUGCAGUUCACGCAGUGAGCCCCAAUGCUACCCACAUCGACGGUACUCAGGAGUACGAUGUCCACAGUCUCUUCGGCUACCAAAUUCUGAACGCUACGUAUCAGGGCCUGCUAGCUGUCUUCCCAGAGAAGCGCCCCUUCAUCAUUGGACGAAGUACCUUCGCGGGCAGUGGCAAGUGGGCAGGUCACUGGGGCGGUGACAAUACUAGCUUGUUCGCGUACAUGUAUUUCUCGAUCUCCCAGGCACUCAACUUCGCGCUUUUCGGUAUACCAAUGGUAAGUGAAGACAAUUAAAUUCGCUCUGCACUCUGCUAAUUCGGGCUAGUCCGGCGUCGACACCUGCGGCUUUAAUGGUAACUCAGAUGAAGAGCUGUGUAAUCGCUGGAUGCAGCUCUCGGCUUUCUUCCCAUUCUACAGAAACCACAACACGCUCUCUGCCAACUCUCAGGAAGCCUACAUCUGGGCGUCUGUUGCCGAGGCCUCGAAGAAGGCCAUGACUAUCCGCUACUCGCUGCUUCCAUACAUGUACACCCUCUUCUACCUCGCCCACACGACUGGCAGCACGGUCAUGAAGGCUCUAUCUUGGGAGUUCCCCAACGAGCCAUCGCUCAAGGCUAUCGACAACCAGUUCCUCCUUGGACCUGCACUCAUGGUCGCUCCCGCGCUUGGCCAGGGUCAACAGCAAGUACACGCCAUCUUCCCUGGUGUCAAGGACGGCGAAGUGUGGUAUGACUGGUACACCCAGGCUGCGGUCUCUGCUCAGCCAGGUCAGAACGUUUCCCUCGACGCACCGCUUUCGCACAUUCCAUUGUUUGUCCGUGGUGGAUACAUUCUCCCUCAACAGGAAGCGCUGUACACGACUGCAGAGUGCCGCAAUAGCUCGUGGAGCCUCAUCGCUGCUCUGGACUCCGAUGGUUCUGCUAUGGGACAGAUUUACAUCGACGACGGCGAGAGCGUCAGUCCUCCAUCAAGCCUGAUUGUCGAUAUGACUGCUUCAAACGGCAGCUUGUACGCCUCCGGCCGUGGCUUGUACAAGGAUACCAACAGUCUGGCCAACGUGACUGUCCUUGGUGUGCAGAAGCAGCCAAGCACUGUCACUCUGAACGGGAUGCGGAUCGGCAGUGGGGUCAGCUACAACAGCACGAGUAAGGUUCUUAGCCUGAGAGGGCUACAGAACGCAACGAGCGUGGGCGCUUGGGCGAGCGAUUGGAAGCUCACAUGGGCUUAG